AUAUUUUAAGAAGUUAAUAAAUAGAGCAAAAAAGUGUUAUUUCUCAGAAUACUAACUAUGAUAAUCCAAAAAGUACAAUUCUAAUUGUAUGACAUUAUAAUGGAACGAUUUCAAAUGAAUGGUCACUAGUUGGUCGUAGUAAACUGCUACUAUUAGUGAUGAAUCAACAUGUUCAUCACAUAAUCUGUUGAGAUAAUCAGGAGGUGAUAUUAGUAGAGCAUUCCAACUCUACUAAUUGUUGAUAGAGGUUGUAAUUUCUGAGUUUUCUGUACAAACAGCAAGUUAAUAAACUUCAGCAUGUAUAAAGUACUCAUUCUAAGUUUGUUUAUUAUAUAUUCAGCCGAAUCUUCUCCUUUCAUCGGAAAGUUGAGCAAUGUUGGUACUGCAGUGCGUAAUAUUGGGGCGAGCCUGUUCAGCCGAAUGUCGGGGGGCAAGGUUCCCCCUCUCCCCCCACAAGUGGCAGAGGGUGAUAUCAUACAGCAACUCGAGUUCAUGAACAAGAUGUUGAAGCAGGUGAGGGGAUUCAUCAUGAACCCAUCACCCAUGAUAAGAGAGAAGAUGCGCCCUUACACACAGACUCUUGUUGAUCAGAUAAUACCACAGUUUGAGCAGCUCAAGUUUACCAAUGAAGAGUUGAAAGCAAGCUACAACAUGAGGCCUGAGGACAUCCUUAAAUUCCGAGGACUAUUAGCGGACACAAUAGAUGUUCUGAAGCACAUGAGUUCAGAUAUGAAUAAAGAACCAAAAAAGAAUUGUUAGGAUUAUAACUCAUGAAAAGUAAAAUGUUGGCUAUAAAGUGCAGGGUAUUAUAUGGUAAUCGAUUAUCUGAGUAGUGCAAAUUUUACAAAGGUGCAGAAAAAAUAUAACUUAUUCAUUUAUUAUUAUCA